CAUCAUGCUCCAUAUCGAGGCUAGUACAUCGGACAAGAGGUAGAAAAACCUCCAACAAAUUGUUUUGUUUUGGUGCUGUGUUUUUCCACGAUGUUACGCUGUGUAGGGCUCAGAAGCAAGCUUCCUUCUUUAGCUCCUAUAUUAGCAUGCCAGGCAAAUUGCAGGCGUUAUCUUCAUCGUGAGCCUCUCCAUCCAGAAUGGAGAGAAAUGGCCAAGAAACAGCUGAAGGGAGCUGACCCAGAAAAGAAACUUACAUGGCACACCCCAGAGGAUAUUCCUAUCAAGCCUGUUUAUACCAAAAGAGAUACAGAACAAAUCCCUGAAGAGCUUCCUGGUAAAUUCCCUUAUACCAGGGGCCCAUACCCUACUAUGUACACCAACAAACCUUGGACAAUCAGACAGUAUGCCGGCUUCAGUACAGUAGAAGAAAGCAACAGGUUCUAUAGAGAUAACAUUAAAGCUGGACAACAAGGACUCAGUGUGGCAUUUGAUCUGGCUACACACAGAGGGUAUGACUCAGAUAAUCCAAGAGUUGUUGGUGAUGUGGGCAUGGCUGGAGUAGCCGUGGACUCUGUUGAAGACAUGAAAGCAUUGUUUGAUGGUAUCCCUUUAGAUAAAAUGUCUGUUUCCAUGACAAUGAAUGGUGCUGUCCUUCCUGUGUUGGCCAUGUACAUAGUUGCUGCUGAAGAACAGGGAGCCAAACAAGACCAACUGGCAGGCACCAUUCAGAAUGACAUUUUAAAAGAAUUUAUGGUCAGAAACACCUACAUCUACCCACCAGACACCUCCAUGAAUAUUGUUGGAGACAUCUUUGCUUACACAUCACAGAAUAUGCCUAAGUACAACAGCAUAUCCAUCUCAGGCUAUCACAUGCAGGAAGCUGGUGCUGAUGCAAUCCUUGAAAUUGCUUUCACUAUUGCUGACGGCAUAGAAUACUGUAGAACAGGUAUCAAGGCAGGGCUGGAUAUUGAUAUGUUUGCUCCAAGACUCUCAUUUUUCUGGGCUAUUGGUAUGAACUUCUACAUGGAAAUAGCAAAAAUGAGGGCUGCCAGACGAUUAUGGGCUCAUUUGAUCCAAAAGAUGUUUAAACCAAAGAAUCCAAAGUCUUGUCUGUUAAGGACUCAUUCCCAGACAUCAGGAUGGUCUCUUACUGAACAGGAUCCUUACAAUAAUAUCAUUCGCACAACCAUAGAAGCAAUGGCUGCCGUGUUUGGUGGAACCCAGUCUCUUCACACCAACUCUUUUGACGAGGCACUUGCUCUUCCUACAGUUUUUAGUGCCAGGAUUGCAAGAAACACCCAAAUCAUUCUACAGGAAGAAUCUGGUAUCCCAAAGGUAGCUGAUCCAUGGGGAGGAUCGUUUCUCAUGGAAUCUCUGACAGAUGAGCUGUAUGAAGCAGGAAUGAAAGUGAUCAAUGAGGUGGAAGGAAUGGGUGGAAUGGCUAAAGCUGUUGCUGCAGGCAUGCCUAAGCUGAGAAUAGAAGAGUGUGCAGCAAAGAAACAAGCAAGAAUUGAUUCAGGAUCAGAGACCAUUGUUGGAGUGAAUAAGUACCGCUUGGAUAAGGAAGAAGAAUUGGAGGUUCUGGUAGUGGAUAACACUCGUGUUCGAGAACAACAGCUUGAGAAGCUAAAGAGAAUGAGAGCAUCUCGAAACAACGAUGAGGUUAAGACAGCUUUGGAUGCCAUCACAGAAUGGGCUAAAACUGGCAAAGGGAACGUCUUGGAUCUGGCUAUUAAGGCUGCCCGUGUGCGAUGUACUGUAGGAGAAAUUACUGAAGCUAUUGAAAAGGUGAGUGGUCGCCACGUAGCCAGUGAUCGUAUGGUGAGUGGUGCGUACAAGACAGAAUAUGGUGAAGCAGAUGAGAUCAAGAAUUGCGUCAAAAAAGUAGAGGAGUUUGUGGAAGCAGAGGGACGACGACCAAGAAUCCUYGUAGCGAAGAUGGGACAGGAUGGUCAUGAUAGAGGUGCAAAGGUCAUUGCUACUGGAUUUGCUGAUCUUGGAUUUGAUGUUGACAUUGGACCACUAUUCCAGACACCAAUAGAAGUGGCACAACAGGCAGUAGAUGCUGAUGUUCACGUGGUUGGCAUCAGUUCUCAGGCUGCUGGUCACAAGACACUCACCCCUGAACUCAUCAAAGAACUGAAGAAAAUGGGAAGAAGUGAUAUUAUCGUGGUAAUUGGCGGGGUGAUUCCUCCACAAGACUACGCCUUCCUUUACGAUGUUGGGGUGACAUGUAUCUUCGGACCAGGUACUCGCAUCCCAGCUGCUGCCAUAAAUGUUUUGGAAUCAAUAAUCAAUGGCGACGCUGGUGACAAACAAAGCUCUGCGUGAAACUGCACCCGACUUGAUUCGGUGWGCUAGAAACUAGAUUAACUGACAGCCUCAAGAUGUUCGGUGUUCCUUUAUAAAUAAGCAACGAGAGACCUCUAAUUUAAUGUAAAAAACAUGUCCUCAAGAAACUAUGCUAAUAUCUUGUUGAUGUACCAUGAAUCCAUCGAGAUAUUUCACGCGCAUAGAAAACGUUUUUCUUUCUCUAGUACCUUGGCACAAACGUUUUUAUACUUAUCUUCCUGAAAUGAAGACUAGGUGUUCAAGGCAGCAUAUUGCGGCUUAAAAUUAUCCUUAUUUUUAACAAAAAGAGAUACUUUUGCUUUGAAAUAAAAUGCUUUGACUACAUAUAAGCAUGUGUAUGGUUCAGACUUCCUCAGUUACCGUUGCUAUGUUCCACGACCUAAUCAUUUUACCUAGAAUAUCUCAGAAUUUUAAACUAUGAUCUCAAAAAUAUAUUUUGUUAAUGAUUAARUUUUACUAUACGAUUAGAAUACAAGAAAGAAGCUUAUUCUUUAGAGUAUUCCUUGAUGACGGGAUAUUAGUUGCUAUUUUCUCCAUCAAAAAAACUUAUUACGGCGACUGGCUCACCGUCAUUUUCUGCCUCGGGACCAUGAAUUAUUGUUGUUAAAGUACACGCAAAAAAAAAAAAACUUAUUACGUUUUAUUUAAUAUUUUA